GGGGGGCGGCGGCAGGGCCGGUGGGCGGCGGCGGCGGCUCCGGGUCCCGGCCCGGGCGCGGCCCUGCGCAGCCCGCCCCCCCGGCCGCAGGGGCGCUCCUGAGCUUGGCGGGGCGGCCGCCGGGGCUGCCUGCGCGGGGGGCGGGGCGGAGGGCCGGCCGCGGCCGACGUGGGUGUUAAGUGGCCCCCCGGGCCGGCGACCUGGAGCCGAGAGCUGGCGGCGGAACCUGAGCGGGACGCGGCCACGCCGGCACGAAGGGAUAUGUGGUGCCUGUCAUAAGCUCUAGAGAGCUGCCUUCCACGGAAACCAGCAGAAGAGUGGGCAAACAUGAAGUCCAAUCCUGCUAUCCAGGCUGCCAUUGACCUCACAGCGGGGGCUGCAGGGGGCACAGCAUGUGUACUGACUGGGCAGCCCUUCGACACAAUGAAAGUAAAGAUGCAGACGUUCCCUGAGCUGUACCGAGGCCUCACCGACUGCUGCCUGAAGACUUAUUCGCAGGUGGGCUUCCGCGGCUUCUACAAGGGGACCAGCCCAGCACUCAUCGCCAACAUCGCUGAGAACUCCGUCCUCUUCAUGUGCUACGGCUUCUGCCAGCAGGUGGUACGGAAGGUGGCUGGAUUGGACAAGCAGGCAAAGCUGAGUGAUCUGCAGAACGCAGCUGCUGGUUCCUUUGCCUCUGCCUUUGCUGCACUGGUGCUCUGCCCCACAGAGCUCGUGAAGUGCAGGCUGCAGACCAUGUACGAGAUGGAGACAUCAGGAAAGAUAGCUAAAAGCCAGAAUACCGUGUGGUCUGUCAUCAAGAGUAUCCUUAGGAAGGAUGGCCCCUUGGGCUUCUACCAUGGACUCUCAAGCACUUUACUUCGAGAAGUACCGGGCUAUUUUUUCUUCUUCGGUGGCUAUGAACUGAGCCGGUCAUUUUUUGCAUCAGGGAGAUCAAAAGAUGAACUAGGCCCUGUGCCUUUAAUGUUAAGUGGUGGAGUUGGUGGGAUUUGCCUCUGGCUUGCGGUAUACCCAGUGGAUUGUAUCAAAUCCAGAAUUCAAGUCCUUUCCAUGUCUGGAAGACAGGCAGGAUUUAUCGGAACCUUUAUAAAUGUUGUGAAGAACGAAGGAAUAAUGGCCUUAUAUUCCGGACUAAAGCCUACUAUGAUUCGCGCAUUCCCUGCUAAUGGAGCACUCUUUUUGGCCUACGAAUAUAGCAGGAAGUUAAUGAUGAGCCAGGUGGAAGCAUACUGAAGUGUCCUGGUGGGCCUGAGCCAGGCGCAGGUGUCUGAGGACUACAGUUCAUCUCAGGGUUUCUUGGAGUACAAGACCAGCAUGAAGUUAUUCUGAUUUCUUGAGAAUUUUGCUUUUUGUCUUCCCUUAGACCCUACAUCUUAAACUUUAUGGAAGAACCUCUAUUUUGCAUCAUACCGUUUCUGCCCAAAAUUGUACUGAAAUAGAAAAGUCACUGCUCUUGCCCUUGGUAAAAUAGAGCAGUAACCUUAUGCACCUAAUUCAAAAGGCUGAAUAUAGUUCUGUCAGGGCUUUUACGUAGACCUCUACUUGUACAUGCAAUCUGGACAGUUAUGUGUUGAGGGAAAUACAGUUUGGUUCCAUGUUUAUUAUUUCAAAUAUUAUCAGAAAAACCCAGAGGUGAUAUUUCUUAUGAAGAUGCUUGUAAAUGGUUGUUUAACCCAUUCUA